AUGCAUCCCCUGGCCGUACUUUUACUCAUACUCCUUCCGCUCCCCACGCAUGCCACAACUUGGCGUCCCCUUACCUCCCUCCCUUUCGCAAUAGGCUCACACUCCACCGUCCUCCUCUCCCCUACCCAACUAAUCACCGUCGGCGGCGGUCUAGCCGGCGAGGCCACCACCGACGCUGUCCUCCUCUACGAUAUCCCAAGCAAUACCUGGUCACCCCGCUCCCCCAUCCCCAUCCCCCUCAACCACCCGAACGCCGCCAGCAUCAACGGCAAAAUCUACCUCCUGGGCGGCGUGCUCGGCGCCCCAAUCCAGGGCCGCAGUACCGUGGCAGACUGCUGGGUCUAUGACCCGCACCAGGACAAGUGGACGGCCGUGGCGCCCAUGCCACAGGCGGAGGCGAGGGGCAGCGCCGCUGUCGGCGUCCACCGCGAUAGCGGCGUUAUAUACCUGGCCGGCGGCGUACGGGGAGGCGAGCAGGGGGCACUCGAUAUCGUCUCUGCAUAUGAUACGGUGCAGGGGAAGUGGAUAAGUCUUCCUCCGCGUGCGCGGCGGAUGCCUGCGCCGCGUGAUCAUGCGGGCGGGGUUACGGUGGGGAGCAAGUUGUAUGUCGUUGGCGGGCGGGAUGCGAGGGUGCUGAAGGAUACGGUGUUUGUGCUUGAUAUGGAUGAUGUGGAGCGGGGGUGGAUGGAGGCGGAAAGGGCGCGGAUGCCGACUGCGAGGGCCGGGCUAGCGGCGGCGGUGUUGGGGAAGCGGAUCUAUACGUUUGGUGGGGAGGGGAAUGAGGAGGUGGCAUCGGGCGUUUUUAACCAGACGGAGGUGUUUGAUGUUGAGAAGCGGGUGUGGGAGAGAUUAGGGCCCAUGGCGGAGCCGCGACAUGGGAUUUCCGCGGUGGGAGUCGAGGGGAACUGUCAUGGGCAUGGAGGAGGGGUGAUAUAUAUACCGGGUGGUAGUGUUGAGGAGGGCGCACGUUCGACAAGCUAUUUUGAUGCUUUUUAUCCUCGGUAG